AUGCUGCAAAGGUUUAUAUUUCAAAGGGAAAAAUAUUGAAUUGGUGCUUCUGCAUUUUGCUUGGGAACUUUUGCCUUUCCAUUUCAACCUCUGCAUUAUUUAGGGUUUGCUUGCUGUGCCUAUAAUGUUUUAGAACGACUCGGUAUCAUUGAGAUCAAUCUGAUUCCAGAUAUAGAGGAAAGGAAAACAAAGCUAAAUCAGUAAUUUUCAUAUAGACUUCUAAGGCAUCAUUUGGAGAAUUUUGACGAUUUAGAUCGCUACAUCUCGCCUAAAACGCUGCUUUUAGCUUUGCCAAAAGUGACUUUUGAUGAUCAAGGCUUUUUAGGAUGGUUAUGAUACAAGUUAAAUAUACCAAACAGUAAUAAAGGGAAAUUCUAUAUGGAUACACAAUGAAAAGAUGUGAAAUACUACGGAGAAGGCUGGGCACGCUGCCAAGGACGUUAUCUUUCAGGCAAUAAUUAUUAUUUUACUAAAAUAGUUGUUGAUCAAUCAAAGCCAAGACCACGAGAAUUAGUCAUUUUAGAUACAGAUAUCAUUGAAAUUAACUAA